GAAGUUGAAUUUCAUGACUCCAGAAAAAGACCGGAAGUUGAAAGAUCCAGAUCUGUCUUUCUCAUCAGUACAAAAGUCUUAGGACCCAUGGCAGGGGUUAGACUUUAACUUCUUUUGCCAUGUAAUUAAAAUCAGGAUCACAUUUACUGUGUCCAGGGGCUGUGCUCUAUAUGGCCACAUAGCUGAUGAGGUGGAGCUCCGUGCCUCAGCAUGACACAUAGAAGCUUGGAAUGAGUUAACAACUGGAGUUGCUUUGUAUCGAUAUGGAAAUGACUAAGCAAGCUGCAUUCCUGAAGUGUUACUUAUUUUGAUAUAAAAUCUGUGGGUUUCGUACUGCCCGUGUGUUUCUGGCCAUCAGCAUGGCAGAGUUUUGUUCAGAAAAUCUUGGGGUUUAUUCUGGAGCUGAACAGAAUGGGGGUAGAUGAGAGCUCGGGAAGGGGUCCUUGCUGCUGUGGGGACUGUCCCCUCAUCCCUCCGGGACUGAGCUGGCACCUUUCCUGGACUUCGGAAGAUCAGAAACCGUGUUUUAUUUGGCUACCAACACAGGAGGCUUGGUGACAAGGAGGUCUCUUCGGUAGUUUAGAACUGCAGGCUCGUAAAAGGAGCGAAAGAUUGCUUCAGAACUGCAUGGGCUUGCCAAGUCAGUAUUUGCGUGUUCUUGUGCCUGUGGUGCAGCAGAAUAAGGUCGUGCUGCCUUUGGCCUUGCGGAGCUGACGCCCAGGGGCUCUUGGACACCGCUGGGUGCUUUGGAGCCUUGUGCCAGCUUGAUGUGUGCAGGGCACGGGCAGACCUGGACAAGGCUGGAGAUGGGGGGUUCGUAAGCACGUUGGCACUGGCCAUGCACCCAGCAGGGUCGGUGGACAGUGGCUUCUCCCGCUCUGCUGUGCAGACCCUCUCCCGCAGCCACUGCCGCAACAUCAAACAGAAGAUCUCCCAGUGGGAGGGGAGGACACAAGGGUGCUCCAGCAAGGAGAAGCAACAGCUGAAGGACUUUGGAGUGAAGUAUGAUCCCAGCUGUGAUGCUCUACCCAAAGUGAAGUCAGAACAUACGGAGAAAGGUGGGAAAACUAGGUCCAAAGAUCCAAGGAGCCUGGGCUUGGACUUCAGGGAAGAUGCACGGAGCUGCGUGCACACUGAUGACUGUGGUGACCUCAGACCUUCCCAGGCCAAAGAGGAAGGAGAGUGUCAAGCAGGCUUCCUGGACCCAGGGGUGACACUGCCCCCAGGGAACUUCUAUACCUCACAAGCUCUGUGGAGGAGAGCAGGUCCCCUUCUGCCUGGCAAAGCCCCACCAGUUCCCUUGGAGCUUCAGAGGAAGCAGGGGAGCUGUGGCUCCACAGGAGAACUUAAAGGAGUGGACUCUCUCUGCAGGGCAGAGAGGAGCUUGAAAAACAUUUACUCUGAGGCUGAGGGGCACAAGGAGGGGCCAGCUGCUGUCCCACCACCCAAGCCCCGUAGGACUUUUUGCUAUCUUGCAGAAAAGGGUGCUAGGAGCUGUAGCAAUCCCCGUGCUACCAGGGAACCUUCCCUGCAAAAGCAGCAUGGAGGAGACUUGGUGUUAUCCUCCAACAAUCCUGAGAAGAGAACAGCCAUCAGGAGGAUCAGAGGGAGAACCCAGAGGAAAUCUUUUGAGUUUGAGGACAUCCAGGGCUUCCGCAAGCGGAUGGCAACCACCAACUCCCACAGACUUCGAGAAGAGACAAAUGGCACUACAGGAUCCAGGCUUGUGUGCACACAGUCAGAAGACAACAUCUACGAGGACGUUAUCUGUCCUGCAAAAGAGAACCCCUAUGAAGAUAUCAGAGCGCUGCCCUUACCCCUGUGGAAGGUCCCGUCUGUCUGGAAGCUGCCGCCCCCCCGCAGCACUUGUCAGGCUCCCAAGCCUCUCCCUAAGCCUCCUUUCCUCAGUCGCAAGACUCUUGAGCUAAAGCCCUCCCAGACAGGUUUCCAAGGGAAAAGGCUGAAGGACACGACCCUGCCUGUCACACUGACCGAGUGGAAGCUGUUCCAAGCAGUAGAGGCUGCUAGCAGGAGAAAGAAUUUGCCCUGGCUGGUACUGAAAAUACAGGACAUCUUUGAUUCUAAGCGUGGAAAGAAGAGGGUGAGGUUGCUCAGCCCCACCGGGAGAGAAGUGCCUCCAGUGAAAGGUGAAACCAGUGGGAAUGAAAGUGAUACGGAAAAUCAGCCAAAAAGUCAGCACAGGAGCCUGCUGCAGGUGCCGUCCGCCUCCAGGAGGAACCCACACUACCAGACUUUGGAGAGGGAUUUGAUUGAGCUGCAGGAGCAGCGGCUCUUUGAGCUCUUUGUGGUGGUGUCGCUGCACAAGAAGGCAUCUGAGAUGAUGUACACGCCACAGAUCAUACAGCAGUUUCCCAGCAAGCCUGAACAUCCCUUCAGACAGUCAAAGGAUACUGAAGAGAGGCUAAAGGUCAUUCCCAGAUUCUGCUUUCCAGAUCCCAAAGACUGGUUUCCUGUAUCACACCUUAAAAGUGAAACAUUUUCUUUUGUGUUGACGGGGGAGGAUGGUAGCCGCUGGUUUGGGUACUGCAAGAAGCUCCUGCCCGAAGGGAAGGGGAAGCGGCUCCCUGAGGUGUACUGCAUCGUCAGCCACCUGGGCUGCUUCAACCUCUUCUCCAAGAUUUUAGAUGAAGUGGAGAAGAGGCGAGAGAUGUCUCCAGCCCUAGUGCACCCGUUCAUGCGCAGUGUAAUGGAGGCACCUUUCCCUGCUCCUGGACGAACAAUUACUGUGAGGAGCUUCCUGCCAGGAGCAGGAAAUGAGGUGAUGGAACUCUGCCGCCCGCUGGAUUCCCGACUCGAGCAUGUGGACUUUGAGUGCCUUUUUGAGUGUCUGAGUGUCUCUCACCUGAUCCGGGUCUUUGCCUCUCUCCUGCUGGAAAGGAGGGUGGUCUUUGUUGCUGACAACUUAAGCACUCUGUCUAAAUGUGGCCAUGCCGCAGUUGCAACGCUCUAUCCCUUCACUUGGCAACACACCUACAUUCCAGUCCUGCCGACUUCCAUGAUUGACAUUGUGUGCUCUCCGACCCCGUUCUUAAUUGGCAUUCUCUCCUGCUCAUUACCGCAGCUCCAGGACCUGCCCAUAGAAGAGGUUCUGAUUGUUGAUCUCUGUGCUGACAAGUUCUUGCAAGAGGUAUCAGAUGAAGAUGAGAUCCUGCCUCAUAAACUCCAGGCUGCACUUGUACAAAUCUUGGAAGAACGAAGUGAAAUCUUGUCACAUGAGCAGAGUGACACACAAGGUGACGUGCCUCUUAACUCCCUGGUCUCGGAAGCUUUUGUGCAGUUCUUUGUGGAGAUCGUUGGGCACUACUCCCUGCACAUGAAUGUCACAGAGAGAGGAGAGCGGGUGUUUCAGCGAGAGCCGUUCCGUAAAUCUCACGCGUCACGCAAUGUGCGUCACUUCUUGCACUUCUUCAUGGAAACGCAGAUGUUUGCAGGGUUCAUACAGGACCGAGAGCUAAGAAAGAGCGUGGUCAAAGGCCUUUUUGAGGUCCGUGCCUUGGAGUAUUUGGAGAGUAUUCCAGCGACGGAACCAACUGGAGUGAACAAAAUCCUUCGCAGCCUUGGUAAAGGGACACCCUUGCGUUUUGUUGGUUGGUUGGUUGGUUGGGAUUUUUAAAUAAAUUUAGGUAUUGAACAAGUAGUUGCAUGCGGAAGAGACCAGGGCCCAUUCCUUGCCUUGUGUUCCUUUUGUUUACAUUUGCCCCUUCAGGGGACGCUGAACACUUUGUAAGAUUUUUCUUUCAUUUUUAAGCUUUUGCAUCUUCAGAUGAAGUUUGUGCAAGCUGCCUAAUCUUAGAGCGCUCAGAGCCUGGUUCUUAACUCUGGGCUUGGCUGGGACACGUUACGGGGGCAGCCGUCGCCG